AGCACUUGCUUGGCUGAAAGUAGCAGGCCCACGCACUCAGGCUGCGCGACCCUGUACGCGCGACGGAGGCAAUUGCGUGCAGCAUCCAUUGGUCGAAGUAAGCAGUAGUCGUCCCGUAACAAGAUGGCGCGGCGAGUAUUGGCUCUCGCAGCCACGGCGGCGGCUUUGAGGCCAUUGCUCCCCAAGCGCAGCAGAGUAACAACGCGCGCGGCCCUGACGAUGCACGACUACGACUACGACGUCGCGCGCUGCGUAGAAAUCAAUUGCAACGCGCUACCCACCUCGGAUCGAUGGCGUGGGACUCACUGAUUGAUUUGCGCACAGGUGAUCAUUGUCGGCUGCGGCGUCGGCGGCCACGGCGCCGCCUUACACGCGAGGAGCCAGGGCCUGAAGACGUGCGUGUUGAGCGGAGGCGACGUCGGCGGCACUUGUGUUAACAGAGGCUGCGUGCCGAGCAAGGCGUUGUUAGCUGCCUCUGGACGGGUCCGAGAAAUGAGUGAUGACGACCACCUGGCGAGCAUGGGCAUCUCGACCAAUGGCGUGUCGUUUGAUAGGGAAGGUGUGGCGAAACAUGCCGAACAACUAGUAAACAAAGUCAGAGGAGGGUUAGAGGGCUCGCUAGGCCGAUUAGGUGUCGAUCUAGUCCCGAAGUUCGGCGUCUACAAGGAGCCCCACGUCUUGGAUGUGGGCAACGGCGAGACGAUGACGGCCCAGGACAUUAUUUUGGCACCGGGCUCCGUACCGUUCGUACCGCCCGGCGUCGAGGUCGACGGCGAGACCGUGUACACGUCGGACGAGGGUCUGGAGCUCAAGCACGUGCCCGAGUACUGCGCGAUUAUUGGCAGCGGUAUCAUCGGUCUUGAGUUUGCCGACGUUUACACGGCGCUCGGCGCCGAGUGCACGGUCAUCGAAGCACUACCGAAGCUCAUGCCGGCCUUUGAUCGCGAAAUCGCCAAGACCGCCGAGAGACUGUUACUAACCAACAGAGGCGUCGACUACCGGACCAAUGUCUUCGCGUCGAAAGUGACCCCAGGUAAGAUCGGCGAAAAACCGGUGAUCAUCGAGAUGAUCGACGCGACGACCAAGGAACACGUCGAGACGCUGGAGGUCGAUGCCUGCAUGGUCGCGACCGGCAGGGUACCGAACACGAAGAAGCUAGGCUUGGAGGAGGCGGGCAUCGAAGCCCCCAGAGGCUUCGUGCAGGUCAACGACAAGAUGCAGGUUCUUGACAAGCCCGACGGUGACGUUAUUCCGCAUUUGUACUGCAUCGGGGAUGCCAACGGUAUUCAGAUGCUUGCGCAUACCGCUUCUACUCAAGGCGUGUCCGCGAUCGAGAACAUUUGCGGGCGAACUCAUGUCGUGGACCACGAGUCCAUUCCUGCCGCGUGUUUUACGCAUCCCGAGGUCGCGCAAGUGGGUCUUGAUGAGGAUGCGGCUGCCGAACGGGCGGAAAAAGAAGGUUUCGAGCUCGGUAAAGCGGUCAGUCAUUUUAGAGCGAACAGCAAAGCGUUGGCCGAGGGCGAGGGUGAUGGUAUUGCGAAAGUACUAUUCCGGAGGGACACGGAGCAGAUCCUGGGCGUGCACAUCAUCGGUGCUGACUCGGCGUCUGUUUCCGAACGUUUCCGAACUUCAAGGUCGCGUCGAUGGCGUCGACGCGAUGCCGCAAUGCCGCCUCGACGUCGUCGAUGCGGUCGCAUGAGAGCCGCGGCCGCGUCGCGACCGUGUCCGUUCCACACAGGGCUGCACGCGGCGGACCUCAUCCAGGAGUGCGCGAACGCCAAAGCAGCCGGUACCACUGUGAGAGACCUCGCCUUCACGACGCACACGCACCCGACGCUGAGCGAGGUCAUCGACGGCGCCUUCAAGGAGUGCGUCGGGAUGCACUCGCAUUGAUAUACCCCCCGCCUAAGCACGUCGUACAUUAGACACG